GCGUAAGAUGUGUACGUUCAAGGACACAGUGAAAUUCGUCGAAGAAGGGUUUGAGGACGAAGGAGACGACGUCCUUACAGGCUAAAUAUUAUAAAGGAGUUCAACGACCCAAUUUUAAGAUAAAUGAUAACGUGUGGUUAACUAAAUACACAAACAAUAGUAAUAAAAAAAUCACUUGGAUAGAAGGUAUCGUAAAAAAACAGCUUGGGAAAGUGAUGUACCAAAUUUAUAUACCACAACUGGACUGCGAGGUGACCAGACACAUUGACCAACUAAGGGCUCAUCCAUUCCCCAUACACAGCGAGAACUCGCAGUGGGAUCCCGACGUUGUGCCGGACAUACCGUCGUCGUCGUCUGAAGCCGCCGCGCUGGCCGCUACUGUCGAGCCCGCGACUACGAGCGCUUGCGCUGCACCGCCUGCUGCUGGCGAGCAGUCAUCAUCACAGCCAGAAGAGGGAGAGAGACUGGAUGUAACUGCCAGACCAGUAGACCCAGACCCGGCCCAGACCGGAGGUCCGACAACGCCAACUGUCGACUACGUCGCUAGGCGACGACAUGCAAUCAGCCCUCAGUUCGCCACUCCCUCGCAAGUGCACUCUGGUUACGAUACCGAGUGAAUUAG